AUGAGGUGGCAGUGCAGUGCUCGGCUUAGAGGGCUUCGGCCGGCGGCGGCGGCCCCGUGGGCAACUCUGCUGGCACUAGGCCUCCCCGGUUGGGUGCUGGCUGUCUCGGCCACGGCGGCCGCUGUGGUCCCCGAGCAUCAUGCCUCCACGGCCGGCCAGCCGCCCCUGGACUGGCUUCUCACUGAUCGGGGCCCCUUCCACCGCGCGCAGGAGUACACAGACUUCGUGGAGCGCUACCGCCAGGGUUUCACCACCAGGUACAGGAUCUACAGGGAGUUUGCACGUUGGAAAGUGAACAACCUGGCUCUGGAAAGGAAGGACUUCUUUAGUUUGCCACUGCCUCUUGCCCCAGAGUUUAUCCGGAACAUACGCCUCCUGGGAAGGAGACCCAACCUGCAACAGGUCACCGAAAACCUGAUCAAAAAGUAUGGCACUCACUUCCUACUUUCUGCCACUCUCGGAGGAGAAGAGUCCCUGACCAUUUUUGUGGACAAGCGGAAACUGAGCCGGAAGUCAGAGACGGCAGGAAGUGCCUCUGUGAUCGGGGGCAGUGGGAACAGCUCCGCCGUGUCCCUGGAGACCCUGCACCAGCUGGCAGCCUCCUACUUCAUCGACAGGGAGAGCACCUUGCGGCGGCUGCACCACAUCCAGAUAGCCACGGGGGCCAUCAAGGUCACGGAGACCCGGACCGGCCCCCUGGGCUGCAGCAACUACGACAACCUGGACUCAGUCAGCUCCGUCCUGGUACAGAGUCCAGAGAACAAGGUGCAGUUACUCGGCCUGCAGGUGCUGCUGCCCGAGUACCUGCGUGAGCGCUUCGUGGCUGCUGCGCUCAGCUACAUCACUUGCAGCUCCGAGGGUGAGCUCAUCUGCAAGGGGAAUGACUGUUGGUGCAAGUGCAGACCCACCUUUCCAGAAUGCAACUGUCCUGACGCCGACAUCCAGGCCAUGGAGGACAGCCUGCUGCAGAUCCAGGACUCCUGGGUGACUCACAACCGGCAGUUCGAGGAGUCAGAGGAAUUCCAGGCCCUGCUGAAGCGACUGCCAGCUGACAGAUUCCUGAACUCCACAGCCAUCUCCCAGUUCUGGGCAGUGGACACCAGCCUCCAGCACCGCUACCAGCAGCUGGGAGCCAGCUUGCGAGUGCUGUUCAAGAAGACCCAUCGCAUCGUCCGCCGGCUCUUCAACCUCUGCAAGCGCUGUCACCGGCAGCCCCGCUUCCGUCUGCCCAAGGAGAGGUCCUUGCCCUACUGGUGGAACCGUAUCCAGUCCCUCCUCUACUGUGGGGAGAGCACCUUCCCCGGCACCUUCCUGGAACAGAGCCACAGCUGCACCUGCCCGUACGACCAGUCUUCCUGCCAGGGCCCCAUCCCCUGUGCCUUGGGCGAAGGGCCCGCCUGUGCCCACUGCGCCCCAGACAACAGCACCCGCUGUGGGAGCUGCAACCCGGGCUAUGUGCUCGCCCAGGGGUUGUGCCGCCCUGAGGUGGCCGAGUCCCUGGAGAACUUUCUGGGGCUGGAGACGGACCUGCAGGACCUGGAGCUGAGGUACCUGCUGCAGAAGCGGGACAGCCGCAUCGAGGUGCACUCCAUCUUCAUCAGCAACGACAUGCGUCUGGGCAGCUGGUUCGACCCCUCCUGGAGGAAGCGCAUGCUGCUCACCCUCAAGAGCAACAAGUACAAGCCUGGGCUGGUGCACGUGAUGCUGGCCCUGUCCCUGCAGAUCUGCCUCACCAAGAACAGCACCUUGGAGCCUGUCAUGGCCAUCUACGUCAACCCCUUCGGGGGCAGCCACUCUGAGAGCUGGUUCAUGCCCGUGAGUGAGGGCAGCUUCCCCGACUGGGAGAGGACUAAUGUGGACGCAGCUGCCCAGUGCCAAAACUGGACUAUCACCUUGGGCAACAGGUGGAAGACCUUCUUUGAGACGGUCCACGUUUACCUACGGAGCCGAAUCAAGUCCCUGGACGACAACUCCAAUGAGACAAUCUACUACGAGCCCCUGGAGAUGACCGAUCCCUCCAAGAACUUGGGCUACAUGAAAAUCAACACCUUGCAGGUCUUUGGUUACAGCCUGCCCUUUGACCCGGAUGCCAUCCGGGACUUAAUUCUCCAGUUAGACUACCCAUACACGCAAGGUUCCCAGGACUCUGCCCUCUUGCAGCUCAUCGAGCUUAGGGACCGGGUCAACCAGCUUUCUCCACCUGGCAAGGUCCGGCUUGACCUUUUCUCCUGCUUGCUCCGGCAUCGGCUCAAGCUGGCCAACAAUGAGGUGGGCAGGAUCCAGUCUUCUCUGAGGGCUUUCAACUCCAAGCUGCCAAACCCUGUGGAAUACGAGACCGGCAAACUCUGUAGCUAA